AUGCAAGAAGUCACUCCUCGCGUCACGGCGCCAUAUCUCGAGGGCUUCGCCCACAAGACCGUCCGCAUUCUAGGCAAAGUAAUCCAGCUGCGCGGAGAGCAGGCCACGAUCGAUGCUGGCGGCCAGAUCAAUAUCCAUCUGAACCGCGACGCCCAUCUCACCCCGAACCACGCCGUCGAGAUAAUCGGAAAAGUCCAGAGCGACCUCAGCGUGCGGGUGCUGACAAGCACUGACUUUGGCGCCAACAUAGACUUUGCGGCGGCGGAAGCGGUUGUGGAUGCCACGCACCGGUAUCAUGAGAUCUUUUAUCCGAAGGAAGAUUAG